AGAAGUGACUUGUUGACCGAUUCCGUGAUGGGUGUCACUCACUUCCUUCUACUGAGCACUCUUUGUCUUGCCAUUACUGCUCAAGACUGUGGCAAACCUCAGCCAGAAGCCAACAUGCAUUUGAGGGGAGAUAACAUUCUUCUAGAAACAUUCCCGAAUGGGGCUUCAGUUUCUUUUGCCUGUGAUGUUGGUUACAUGUCUUCACGAGGGUCUCCAACGAUUGUUUGUACCGAUGGCACAUGGAGUACCAUUGCGCUCAUUUGCCGAAAGAGGAACUGUGGCGCUACUGAUGAGAUUGUCAAUGGAGACGUUGAAUACCCUGAAGGGACUGAGUUCGGCGCUUUACUCAAGGUUGUCUGCAACACUGGUUUCCAGCCAGUUGGUGGCAGUAAGGAAAUCCGUUGUGAAGCACAGGGGUGGACUGGCAGGUUGCCUUCAUGUGAAGCGGUGGUUUGUGAACCACCACCUGCGGUGGUGGGUGGCAGAUUCAAUCCAGUGAAAGAUAUGUAUUCUUAUAGAGAUGCUAUAACAUACAGUUGUCAGAAAGAUUACACACUCGUGGGACAAAAUAUCAUAUCAUGUUCAGACAAAGGAAUAUUAACGCCAGACCCUCCACAAUGUGUCACAACCGUUUAUUGUGAGGAGCCUGAUAUUAAAAAUGCUGUUUGGAGUGGGGGUGCUCGACCCCCUUAUAAAUACAAAUCUUUGGUGAUCUACAAGUGCAACAGAGGAUUCAUCAUGGAAGGAGAAGGCAGCCUGACAUGUCAAAUAGAUGGUAAAUGGUCACCUGCAUUUCCAACAUGUAAAGUCAUUCCAACCACAACUAAAGCUACUACUACCACUACUACCACCGCAUCCACCACCGCUUCCACCACUACCACCGCUUCCACCGCUACCACCACUAGACCCACCACUCAAUCAAAGAAACCAACAGAUCGUCUUCAUCCAACUGACAAACCUACACCCACUGGCAAUGGAAGUAACACACACACGGUGGGGAUUGUAGUUGGAGUUUUAGUGGCAGUCUUAGCAGUCGUCGCUGGAUGUUACGUAUGGUAUAGGAAAAAAACGAGCUCUCAUGAAAACUAUCCCGACAAUGUGCCUACAAAAGAUGGAGAGGACUUACCACUCUCGUAACUUCCUUGGUUGUCCAGUAUUGCUUGGUAGAAUAACACCUUGAGAGGAGGAACGCCACCGGACGAAGCAUCGAAUGUACUUGUGCUCUGCAUGAGAGAGGCACAGGUUCAUGUAACCACCUGAAGAUUAGUUUCUGAAUGCAAACAAACCUCAGCAAAUUGAUCUCAGUUCACAGCUUAUACUUCAAGUGGCUCCUUUGAUAGGCCAUCCUAACUUCCUUUUUUUAUAAUUCAAUCUGGAGGUGUUUAGGAUACCUUCCUUUACAACAUCACAGUAGUUUUUUCUGUUCUGUGAUUAUGAAGAAAUUAGAUUUCAUGUUUAUCAGAAACUUCAUCUUUGCACUAUGACUGAGCGCAGCCCACACAGUCUAUUAUAGCUUCAGCUAUGCCAAUGCCUUGAAACAGGCAAAAUCUGUAAAGAAUGUUUUACCAUAAAUGCAGCCGGUUGAAUUGCAGUUUGGUUUUAUUUAAAAUAAAAAAAUGUUUGAUCCUUGAAAACACACUGGAUAUACCCGUAACUAUUGAUUUAUAUCAAAUAUUACACCAUUUGUGUAAUUGAAAUGGUUAAUUCCCCAGAAAGAAGAUUCUAUGUAUAAAAGAGGGGCUCCUUGCUGAUAAAUCUGUUUCCAGUCUUGUAAAAUUGACUUUCACUGUUAGAGAGAGAGAGAGAGAGAGAGAGAGAGAGCAGUGGGAACUGUAAAACAGUCCCUAGCAUAGUGCCUGACUUAAGACAUGUUUCAUAAGCCUUAAUGCAAAUAGCCAAGUGUUUUAGCUUGCAUGUCAAUUGUUUUUGAAUUCCAUAAAUGUUAACGUACUUGUUGGAUUAAAUUAAGUAAAUUCUUAAUUGUGGGCCUAGCUUAGUUUAAGGCCUCUAGUAAAUCAUUUGAUAUGUUAAAUGUUGGUACAUUCUUCAGUGUUUCGACUAGGGUGGGUGCUUUGGUGGGGCAGAGGAUAGAGUCACACUGAGCUGAAAUGAAAUGAGCUUAUAUUAAUUGGAUGGAUAAAUACAUAAAAUAUUUCUACAUCUUAUUAAUUUUUGGAGAUCGCCCCAGGGCAGUGGUAGGAGAAUACUGUUUAUCAGUGCCCUGUAGCUUCACCAAAUUCAGUAAAUUAAUUUCCCCUGAAGAAAUUCAAUUUUUUUUUUCUAAAUGAUUGCAUGCUUGCAUUGUAUAUUUGUCUGUACCGGUGUCAAUUUCGUUUGAAUAUCUGUUGAUCCUUCACUACCCUGAAAGAGGAGUACUUGCAGAGGAAUACACAGUUUUUGUCUGUGAGUACAUAGAGAUGUGAUCUCUAAAUAUUUUUGCACUUGCUUGGCAAUUUAACUUAAUUUAUUAAAAUAAAAUGAGUCAUCUGUGGCAGUUUUUAUAUCAUUUUGAGGUGGGAGUGAAACUGCUUUUAUAUUUGCACUGUCUUUUGUAAUCAGUUCGCUAAAUUAAACAGUGGACAAUAAAGACUCACCAAUGUGUUCAUAAUAUACUUUUAAUGUACAGAUAAACUAUGUCUACACAAGUGUUUUUCAUGACUUGCUCUCAAGGAAUGGAGCAUGAAAAGUUGAUGAAACUCAUUAAAAUACUUGUGCCUAUCUGUUCACAUA